CCAGAAAUUCAACAAACCUAAUCGAGCUAUCAUAUACAAUCACUAACACGACCAUGCGAACGAUUCUGCUAUUGGGGUUUCUGUAUCUAUUAUUCGCCGGAAAAUGUGGCGGAUCUCUGUUAUCGACGCUAAUCGAUCAUCAUCACGAUCCAAUCGGUGGCAGUAUCUUAUCUGAUUUGUUUUCCAAUCCUUUUAGAGAAUUGGAGCAGAUUCCGUUCGGAAUCCAGCGGGACGACGAACUGAUCGUGUCGCCGGCGAGGGUGGAUUGGAAGGAGACACGCGACGGUCAUGAGAUCACGAUGGAAGUCCCUGGGAUGAARAAGGAAGAAUUAAAGAUUGAAGUGGAAGAAAAUCGAGUGUUGAGAGUUAGCGGAGAGAGAAAGAGGGAGAAGGAGGAGAAAGACGGUGGUGGUGAUCACUGGCACCGCCGUGAACGGUCGUAUGGGAAGUUCUGGAGACAGUUCCGGUUGCCGGAUAAUCUCGAUCUAGAUUCAGUAAAUGCAAAGCUUGAGAACGGGGUGCUGACGAUUUCGAUCAGGAAGUUGUCGCCUGAACAGAUAAAAGGACCGAAGGUGGUGAGCAUUGGCGGCGGAGAACCAUCACAGCCGCUGUCCGUGGCGGAGACGAAACCGGAACUUUGACCGGCGAAUAUAGUUUAGCUUCAAGGAUAUGUUAACUGUCAGUCGUUUGGUUGAGUGAGGUGGUUAUGUCACUAAUAAAAAUUAAUGUAAAAUAGAAAUAUUAUGUAUUACCAAAAAAAUAAACACGUGGCGGCGUUUUAUUUGUGCUUACAAAUAUUGUUUUUGAACUUUUAUAUUAACGUCUAUUUUGAGAUUUUCACAUUAUAGGACUUGGCAUCUUUGUUUUAUAGUAUCAUCGGUU